ACUCUUCUGCGGGCAAGGUUACGCAUGCGCGGAUGCACAUUCUCCWAUCUUCUAGAAAAGUUGGACAGUGGGGCGGAGUUUGAAAUUGUGUUACGAGAACGAGGCGGGCUCUGCUUCACGGUAGAGCUGGGGUUCUAGUGGGCUCUUUAACCUUGUCCUCUUGCCUUUCUUAAAUGCUUAUUCGGGAAGCUUGCGGCAGAUUGGACUUUGUUGUGGGACUAACAGGCAUGACCUUGCGAGUYUGCACUUGGUUAGUAUGGGGCCAGGUUUUCCAAGGGCCACAGGGGAAAGCCUUCAGUUCCCAAAAGACGGCACCCUUUUUGAGGAAAAAGUGUGAACAUUGCUCUGCCUCCUUUCCUCCCAAUUACUGUGUCCACGCUACAAUGAUGGGCUUAAGGGACCAGACAACCCAAAUACGGUAACUUCAAGUUGUGUCUCGGGGGCCGAGCUUGGUGUAAAGGGUAGUCUGCAACAAACUGCCUUUCUAUCAGGUGAUUGGUUGGCGCCUAGCGUGAUUGCGCCUCGACGUAGGCACUGAUUGGUGGAGCGGGGUAAUGUGCGGCAGGGGCCUUGUGGGUUUGAAGCUUCAAGGACAUGCGCGCUUCGACUUUUCCCUGAGUUCAUAUGGCGGGUUAGCCGCUGAGACAACCGGAAGGAAAAAGAGGCGAGGSUUUGCCGGUGAUCUCCUCAGCGAUGGCACUUCGGCCGCGGCUCUGGAAGUUGGUGUUGGUUCGCAGGAAUCCGGACUGCGAGUUAUAAAGACUCAGCAUCAUGUAGAAGCGAUUGUAGAGCAUCGAAACGGCAAGGUCGUGGUUUCAGCAUCCACUCGUGAAUGGGCUAUUAAAAAGCAUCUUUACAGAACCAGAAACGUGGUUGCUUGUGAGAGCAUAGGACGAGUACUGGCAGAGCGGUGCUUAGAGGCAGGAAUCAACUUCAUGGUCUACCAGCCAACCCCUUGGGAGGCAGCUUCAGACUCGAUGAAACGCUUACAAAGUGCCAUGACAGAAGGUGGUGUAGUGCUACAGGAACCUCGGAGGAUCUAUGAGUGAAAUAGAAGCAUAGAAGUUUUGAACACAUAAAUAUCAAACUAUCAGCUUCUACAGCKGUCUAAGAAAGCAUCUGGAAGAAAAACAAGCUUGGAAGUUUUGUAACAACGGAGUUCAGUGGAAGAUUAUUUGUAGUUAUGGUCAUCCCCCUCCCCUUUUGUGUGUGGUGGUUUUUUUGUUUUAAUCAAAUGCUAAAUACUCUCUCCUCUGGGAGGUGAGAAGUACAAAGCAGACACCAGUUAACUUUUGAAGGACAAAUUAAAAAUUGCUUGUAAGUUAUCAAAUAAAGGCAUAUAAGAACUAU